CAUGUUCGAAAACAGUUUAGUUUGAAACAUCGUCGCGUUGAGAUAACUAUUUAAAAGCUAAUAAAUUGCCGCAGUAACGAAUAACGGUCAAAGUUAGUAAAGCUUUAUGCAUAUACAUAAAAUAAAAUAAAACGAACGAAAGAAAGAAAAAGCAAAUCUAGUGUGUGCCAGUAUAAAUAAAUGAAUACAGUUAAUUGACCACAAAAACGUUGCAGCGAUUACAAAGUUAAACAGUUAUAGUGUUAAACGGUUUCUAAAGCACUUUAAGCGCCGCUCAAGUUGGGUGCUGCUUUUGAGCGUUAAAAUCGCCUUUUAUAAGUGCGACAAGUCGGUGUGUUGGCGAAAAUUUGCCAAUAAAUUUCGACUCGUACCCUAGUGUAUAAAACAAAGCUCUAUUGAAAUUUGCAUGCAUUCCCCGAUUGUUUUGAAUUGUGGCGUUGGCUCCUAAUCAAGCAAAAAAAUCAAAAUUCCAAACUAAAAACGCAAAAGGUUUAAACAAAACAACAAAAACUAAAGUGUAACGCAAAAACACCACAACAACUUUAUACAAACAACACAAAAAAACCAAAUAUUAAAUAAAAAAUCUUCACAAAUAUUUUCCCUGCAAUCUGAUAACGUCGAAAUACGAGCAGUGGAAUAAUAAAAACAACAAAAUAUUUGCAAAUAAAAGGAAGAGAACAACACCAACACUAACGAAUAGUUUAGCAUACAAACGCUGGCUGUGUGUGCGUCUGCGCGCAAAUUCUACGCCAACGAGCAAAUACUUUCCCAACGACAAACAUACACCACCGAAUAGGAUAGCAUAGAAGUGACAAGUGACAGGUAGUCGUUUGUGGCAGUGACAAGUGUCGCAUACUCUUAAACAAAAAAACAAAAUGAAGACAAAUCCCGCAUUGGAUCACGUGUAUGUGAACGAUGGUUUCAAGUGUUCUUCGAUCAGCAUUACAACGAACGGUACGGAACAGAACGGUGGUAGUGGCGGAUCGCAAGGAUCUAACGAGUUUAUAUUAACUGAAGACGGCAAAAAAAUGAUUCCACCUGUCAAGACCAUGGAUUGUGCCAAAGCCUGGGUGCAAGAUCGCACCCGACGCACCUUCAAUCGCAAGACACUCUACAAACGUCUGCCCAUAUUCAAUUGGUUACCGAAAUAUUCACGAGAUGAUGCUGUGGGUGAUGUGGUGGCCGGUCUCACAGUCGGUUUAACCGUUAUACCACAAGCGUUGGCGUAUGCUGGUGUAGCCGGACUACCCGCAGCAUACGGUUUAUAUGGUUCCUUCUUAGGCUGUUUCAUUUACAUUUUCCUCGGCAACUGCAAGGAUGUGCCCGUUGGUCCAUCCGCCAUUGUGGCGCUAUUGACCUUCCAAACGGCGAAAGGUUCAUGGCAAUUAGCGGUGUUGCUCAGUCUGCUUUGCGGCAUUGUUGAGUUGUUUAUGGGAAUUUUCGGUUUGGGUUUUCUGCUGGAUUUCGUGUCAGGACCCGUCUCAUCUGGUUUCACCUCAGCCGUUUCACUGAUUAUUGUUGCAUCGCAAGUGAAAGACAUUUUGGGCAUACCGGCGCCCGGCACCACAUUCCUGGAAAUUUUAACGCACAUCUACGAGAAUAUCAAGCUGACGCGUGCCUCGGACACAGUGUUGGGUCUCACUUGCAUUGUGGUGCUACUGAUGAUGCGGCUGCUGUCAUCAUUCAAGCUCGGCCCGAAGGAACCCACGCUGCGCUCGAAGACACAGAAUGUGCUCAACAAAAUAAUUUGGCUUAUCGGCACCUCUCGCAAUGCCAUACUUGUGAUCGCCUGCGGCAUUUUGGGUUAUAUAUUGCACAGCGAUGAUGGCAAUAUACCAUUCCGUGUUAUUGGCUACAUUCCACAAGGCAUGCCCGCCAUACAACCACCACCAUUCCACAUGUCGGCCAAUGAAACAGCCUCUGGGCAUGAGGAAGGCUUCAUUGAUAUGGUGAAAAAUUUGGGUUCUGGCCUAAUAGUGCUGCCGCUCAUAUCGUUGAUGGAAACCGUCUCUAUAGCCAAAGCUUUUGGUAAUGGCAAACCGGUCGACGCCUCACAGGAGCUCAUCGCUAUUGGUAUUGCAAAUAUUGCUAACUCGUUCGUGCAGAGCUUCCCAUCCACCGGCGCACUGAGUCGUGGCGCUGUCAAUAAUGCCAGUGGCGUGCGAACCCCGCUAAGCAACAUCUACUCGAGCACUUUGGUCAUACUUGCCUUAAUUUUCUUCACACCCUACUUCUUCUUCAUACCGAAGUCAACGUUGGCGGCCAUUAUCAUUGCUGCCGUUAUGUUUAUGGUGGAAGUGCGCGUAAUCAAACCAAUGUGGCGCGCGAAAAAGAGUGAUCUGCUGCCUGGUCUUGGCACAUUCAUCGCUUGUUUAGUUUUACCGCUGGAAAUCGGCAUACUAAUCGGUGUCGGCCUAAAUGUCAUCUUCAUUCUAUAUCAUGCCGCGCGUCCUAAAAUCACAACUGAAAUCCUCACAACAUCUGCUGGCAAUGAGUAUCUGAUGAUCACGCCCGAUCGUUGCUUGAUGUUCCCCUCGGUGGAUUAUGUGCGCAAUCUGGUGACCAAACACUCGAUGCGACAAAAUGUACCCGUUGUCAUCGAUGCCUCACACAUUUACGGUGCGGAUUUCACGGCGGCCACUGUUAUCGAAUCACUGCUGGGCGAUUUCGCAGCACGUUCCCAACUCUUGUUCUUCUACAAUCUGAAACCCAGUAUUUGUUCGCUAUUCGAGACGCUAUCGCCAGCGGAGUUCGUCGUCUACUAUCAGGAGGAGCAGCUGGAUCAGUUAUUGAAGGAUCGUAAUUAUGAGCAAAAGAAAACGAUAACGGUGUAGUUGCGCGUGGAAAUGUUUGAUAGUAUUGGUAAUUACCGUUAUGCUAUUGUUGGCUGAAAUGUGAUCGUGCUGAGUCUUAGAGAGACACACACCAGAAAAUGGUUGGUUAACUGUUAACUAUACGCGUUUGCUUUAGUCUUAUAAAUAUCGCUUGCUGGAUUUAACUAGUUUAGUAUUUAUAAUGUAGGCAACUUCGAGAUAUGUAUAUAUAUAAAUACGUCCCUAAUUUUAGAUAUGUUUACAUAUUUAAGGCACACCUUCAUACAGGUUAUGUAUGGUGUAUAACUGCAUAUUGCUUUUUCAUUUUGUAAACAUAUUGUGAAACCUAACAAUGGAGUAUUAUUUUAGUAUUGAUCACCAAAAAAAAGGAAAAAAUUAUAUUCUACGCUUUUACAUAUUGAUUUAUGUAUUGUAAAUAUUUGUGAAUUAAUUUAAAUCGAUGCAAGUGCGUUAGACCUCAUUUAGCUUAAAAAUGUAUUUAAAAUUGAUUUAAUUUAUGAAAUGCAAAGCACUAAAGGAGGUAUUGUUAAACGUAGAAUACAAUGAAACGCCAAGAGUGCUAUGUACAUAGUUUUUAAUACGAAACGUUUUGAAUUUCGUAAAAAAUGUUAAAUACUAAUACAUGCUUGUUAAACUUAAAAAUCUUACAAAUUUAAUAAUAUAUAUUGCGUUGAGCAGCUAUUAUAUAAUUAAUGCCACAUUCAAGAAAGCACUUGUUAUGAAGUAGUUAUAUAACUUAAAAAACCAACAACUAUAUACUUUCGCUAGAAAGUAUGUAUGUAUAUAAAAGUCCUAAAAUGCUAGUGAGUCUUACCAUUUAAACGUAAUUUUUAUAUAUUUAUAGUUACUAAUGUUAAGCAAAUAAACGUAAAUAUUUAAAAAUAUAGUGUUAUUUAUGACUUAAAUAUUUAUUAAGUAGCUGUGCAAUAAAGCAAUGAUGUUGAAGUCCUCAGAAA